GUCCUCUUCAUACCAUCGUCGCGCGAUCUCACGCUAGUUUUCUUCGCCUAGUCUCCCUACUUCCAGCGUCUAGCGAUCAUCUAACUGCCGCAGACCGGACCGGACCGGACAGGACCGGACCAUCAGCAAUGAGCCUCCUAACCGUGAGCGAUGCGGACCGCCGCAGGCGAAAGGUCGAGCUCGCGGAAUUUAAAGCCGACAUUGCGAUUAUCAAAGAGCGGUUCCAGAAGGUAAAGCUGGAGGACAUGCAGCUGUCGAUCCAGCUGCACCACCUGCACGCGCAGGAGGACCGCCAGCACCACGGCCUCAUCAGCGGCCGCGGCAUCCGCGCUUAUGAGCCGCCCGCUAUCCGCAAGAUGUACGACUCGGUGACGCAGCCCGAUCCCUCCUCCGACGCGCCGCACUCUCCUAGAAUAGUCGAACGCUCCCAGCCUCCCGCCGCAACUUCGCCGUCGAACGCGGAGAACCAACAGCCCGCAUCCUCCGCCUCUUCCGCCACCUCCGCCGCGUCGUCCUCGUCCGCCGGCGCGUUCACGUUGAUUCAGGAUCUGCUGUCGGGCCAGCGGCUCUUCAGCGAGGUGCUGCCGUGGGCGCGCUCCAACCCCACCGCGGACCCCGCCGCGAAUUCUGGCGACGCGCUUCUCAAGCAGGCCGGGCUCGACGGCUUCACUCUGCUGUCGCCCAGCGCGCAGUCGCAGAACCAGUCGCCGACCGCCGCACAGUCGCCUCACAAGGAGGCUGCCACGUCGCAGACCGGCAGCGUGGGCUUUUUACCGGUCGGCAACGACAAAUCCGACUCUGGGCAAGUGUCCUCCCCGCAGGAGCCUUCUGCGCGUUCCCCCUCCUCCACCAGGGCGGAUACCACCGGCGGAAGCUCCGCUUCUGUUCCGCGGCUGUCUCGUGUGCGCCGAUCCGUGCAUCGCGUGGGCGCAGUCUCCGUGUCUUCUUCCCCCGCCUCUUCCGCCUCCUCCCUCCGCACCCCCUCAUCGGCGCAACCUCCGCGUGCCCCCUCCCCUUCGCGCGUCGUGAGCCUCUCGGAAAACUCCCCCUCGUGCGUCGGGCAGGGCGUGUCCCCCUCGUCGACCGCCACGUCAUCCAUCGGCGCGCAGCAGUCCCCGCUGAGGCCCCUGACGGCCGCGCAGCAGCUGCGCGCCGAGUUGGCGGAGCGGCGCAACGGCGCUGCGGCGAAGCUGUUUUCCGACGCCGCCAAGGAAGCGCUGCUGGUGCGCGCGGGGCUGCUGCCGGGGCCCGCCGAGGGAGGCGCGACCCGCGCGCGCAGCAGCGAAGAGGGCACAGGCGCGGGGGAUGGCGCGGGCGCAAGAGACGCAGGUCUGACGGAAAAGGUGGCGCAGUCGGCCUCAGCUGGUGCUGACUGCGCGGCCUCAAGUGUGGCGGAGGGGGAAGGGUGGCAGCAGACGAGCGGAGUGGCGGAGUCUCUGAGGCUGAGCGGGGAGCUCAGGAGCAGACUGAGGGCAGCUCUGGGAGAGAGGGCCGUAGCGGGAGAGAGGGAAUGCUCAAAGAAUGGUGAGGGCGAGUCCCCCGUUGCUGUCGAGGCUGCAGCUUGAGUAGUAUGUCGGCAUGGAGCAUGCUCUCUGGUUCGAGUGUUGGCAUUGUGACCAGAUUAGAUUGCAAUGCUCUGGCUGCUGGCUUGUGUCAUAACCCAUGGCUGCUGGCUUGUGUCAUAACCCAUGGCUGCUGGCUUGUGUCACUAACAUGAUCCAAGCAGGUUUUCCAUGGUGCAGGCACAAUUGCACAAAAUCAUACACUCGGAAUUGGCUGUGUACUUGUCUUUGAUUACUCAUGGUGUUUGCCUUCAUUUCCACUACCCGAGCCUA